UCAAAAAUUAAAUGGCCGUUCUUAUCGUUAUCGUUGUCAAAUUGUCAAUGCUUUGAUCUAUUUACUGAAAAUCUUUAUUUUUAUUAAUAUAAAAAAUUGUAGUGUUAAAUUGUAAUUAGUUAGAUAUAAAAGUGUAAAAUGUCUUUUACAUUCGGCACUCCAUCGAGUGCACCUGCAACAACAGGACUCACAGGAGGCUUUAAUUUUGGCGCUAACAAGCCUGCGACACCUGGGUUUGGGUUGACGGCCACGUCGCAGCCGUCGGGUCUGUUUGGGAACACGUCGUCGACUGAAACUCCAGCGUUUGGAAGUGCUGCACCAACUUUCGGUGCUACCUCCACUGCUCCGGCGUUCGGGGCCACCACAACGCCAGCAUUUGGAUCCACAGCGCCCCCAGCUUUUGGUUCGACAGCCACCCCUGCGUUUGGUUCUGCUGCACCAUCUUUUGGUGCUACGUCUGCAGCACCUGCCUUUGGCACAACUACUCCAGCAUUCGGUGCUACAACUACUCCCGCUUUUGGAGCCACAACCACUCCAGCAUUCGGAGCUAGUGCAGCACCCACAUUUGGCACAACUACACCUUCAUUUGGUAGUACUGGGUUAGGAACGGGUGGUCUCAACUUUGGUGCUGGAUCCAACACUGCAACCACUAGCUCAGGUUUAUCUUUUGGGACCCCUGCAACAUCUGCUAGUACAGGCCUUGGAGGUCUUGGUAGCUUUGGAUUUGGUAGUACAACCUCAACACAAAGCGUUGGGUUUGGUUUCGGAUCAACAAGCACUGCUACAACUACUACAAGUUUAUUAGGUUCUAAAUUGGGCACAACCAGUGUGACUGGUACACAGCCAUCUAUUUCAGCAACACCAAGUUUCGGGCUUGGCGGUGUUGCCACCAGCAGUAGUGGCAUUGGCGCUACAAAUACAACGGCUGAUUCUAAAAGUGAACCACCAAAGCAGAAUAAAUUGCCAAAUGAAAUCUUAACAACAGUGGAGUCGUUCAAAGAAUUUGUAAAGAAACAAAAGUCAUUGAGUUCUGAAGUAAUGAGGGUGUCUGUCAAACCAUUGCAUAAGGUGUCCCGCGAGGCGGAGUGCCGCCUGCGCGCGGCGCUGUCGCUGUCGGGCGAGGUGUGCCGCGCGCGGGCCCAGUCCCGCCGACUGCGGGCCGCCGCCGCCGCCGCGCUCGCCGCCGCCGAGACCGCCGCCAGGGACUACACGCUACCUGGCUCAGAGCUGGAAGGCACAGCACCACCAGCAUACGUGAAGGAUUUGAUAGCAGAAUUGGAACAACAGCUGAUCACAUUCCGAAGACAAAUGGACGUGGCAGACAAACAGAUGCAGUCAUCUCCUAAACUACUCACUGAACAGGAGCUAACUAUGGGCAUAAGAAGAAUGCACGAAUCUCUGGUAGCCUUAGCUGGUCGCCUACAAGCCGUGCAUACUCAAGUAGAAGCGCAAAAAGAACAAUAUCUUAACUUACGGAAGUACAUACUCAAGGAUCCUACAAAUGUCUUUGAUGAGCCAUCACCCAGCACAAGUUUGGAUCAGAUCCUCAGAGAUGCGGAGACCAACAGGAAGAAGAUGAAGUCUGGCGCGUUGCCUGACAUCACAUAUGGUAGCGCUGUGCUCUCAGACCCCAGGGUCGCUUUAGGUAAUUUGCAAAAUUUGGCCGGUCCAACACCAUUUUCUUACGUCGGGAGCUCAAUGUCGCCUUUUCCCUCGAUCGACGCUAGCGGUCCCUCAUGGCAGCCCCAAUCACAGCCGACCCUUAACUCGUCUUUGAACACCAGCUUCGGUAUCGCACAAGCUGACACUUCGACAGGAUUCCAGCUUCAGAAACCACCCGGCAAGCGAGGAAAGCAAUGAUAUUGGCGCUAAGCACGAUUUACCGUGCUACACAAUAAUGCUCAAUCAAUGAGCACAUCUAGUAAUACUGUUUCGUUAUUAUAAUCUUUUGCCAGUAUCGUCGUUUAUAUUGCAAUUAGUUAUAUGUCGAAAACUACAAGUUUACAGGACUUUUCGCCGUGUGAGUUGUGACCGGAGGCCCAAUCCUUCCCCUCCCCCAAUCCCUAAAUCUCCUAAUCCCCGUAAGGUCGGCAACGUACUCGAAACUCCUCUGUUGCGGGUGUCCAUGGGCGGCGCUGAUUGCUUACCAUCAGGUAAUCAGUCUGCUCGUUUGCCACAAACAUUUUUCGGACGCGUUCCAUUAAACCGUAUCUAAGUAACAUAAACAUUUUUUUUUACAUUAAACAUAUUGCAAUUUGAACGAUGAUAUUCACUUUUGUAUUGCUUUGAAUAACUUAAGAAAUUGGGCUUAUAAGGACAAUUUGAAUAGGCCGUUUCGAACUAAGUGGUAAGAAUGCGCUCGCAUUCGCUCUCCUAUAUAUGAAGCGUAGAUGCAAGAAUUUGCGAGAAUGCGCGCGUAUUUUUAAAUCUUAGGUUCAAUUUUUACUAUUAUUAAUUUUAUUAUAGCCUUGAUGCUUAUAUAACUAGGUUAUAUGAAUGUCAUUAAAGUAAAAAAAUUUAAAGAUUAUGUGAAGUAGCACUCUAUUGUUUCUACACCAACCAGAAUACCUAAAGCAACGCGCUUAUGACAUCCGGCGCUUUGAUUGGCAAGCUCCAAGUCCAACCAAUGAGAGUGCCAAAUGCGUAAAGCAAACUAUGGACUAUCGGUUUAGGUUAUUAGGGGCUGAUUUUUCAAUAGUUAGAUAAAAGUUACCUGGGGACUAAUUUUGAUGCUGUCGCGUCGGAAUGUUUUAUAAGUCAAAGUAAAAAUCAUUUAGUCCAACUAAACCAUAAAUAGGUACUUUUGAAACGUCAAAAUAGAAAAGUAGUCUGUCAGUCUGUUCGUCAGUGAAGCUAGGUGCUCAUUCCAAAUUGUAGAUUCGAAUGGAGAA